CUGCCGCGGCUCGCGAGCACAGCCGGGGAUGGGGCAGCAGCCGAGCGCCCCGGGAGCCCGGCGCGCAGCUGUAGGCAGCCUCAGGCUCCGGGCGGCUUAAAAGGGCGCUUGGGCUCCCCGAGCGCGGGGACCAUGAGCGGCUUCGCCUUGCUCUGCGGCUUGCCCUGGCUCCUGGGGGUGCUGCUGCCGGCCGGGGCCGGGGGCAGGAGCAGCCGACCCACCCCCACCAAAGCGGCGGAUUUCGACCGGGUCUACGCGGGGACGGUGAACAUCAACCGCGAGGAGCUCUACUCCUUCAAUUACACCAGCAAGCCGGGCCAGGUGGAUGCAGCGCGGGUGUAUGUGAAGAGUGACUCUGAGGACCUGCAGUAUCCCAUCCUGUUUGUAGUUCGCCAGCAGAAGGGGGUCCUGUCAUGGCAAGUCCCUCUGAUUUUUCGAGGCCUUUACCAGAGGACCUACAACUACCAGGAAGUGAGCCGUACACUCUGCCCUUCGGAACCCACGCCUGAGAUGGGACCCUCUGAGCAGAUCAUAUUUGUAGACGUGGCUUCCAUGGCACUGUUUGAUAUUGAGUAUGAGCUGCUGGUCACGAGGCUCAAGAGCUUCCAACUGACGACAGACAAAGCCUUUAACUUCACUGCCAGCCCUUCUCAGCCUCAGUAUUUUCUGUACAAGUUCCCUCCAGAUGUGGAUUCCGUCAUCAUCAAGGUGGUAUCUGAAACCGUCUAUCCCUGUUCUGUUGUCUCCGUCCAGGAUAUUGUGUGCCCUGUGUAUGAUCUGGACCACAAUGUGGAGUUUAAUGGUGUUUACCAGUCCAUGACAAAGCAAGCUGCCAUCACUGUACAGAAGAAGGACUUCCCAGGCGAGCAGUUCUUUGUUGUGUUUGUCAUAAAGCCAGAGGACUAUGCCUGCGGGGGCUCUGUGCCUUCCUCUAUCAAGGGAAAGGGCAACCACACCUGGAACCUACAACGAACGAAGAGCCUUCAAGUGACCAUUGUACCCUCUAUUAAAGAGUCUGACUACGUGCAAGCCAUGCUCUUCAGCUUCCUGAGCUUCCUCUCCUUCUACCUGGGCUCGCUGAUCGUCGCCUUUGUGCACUACGUCAGGGUUCAGAGGAAGACUUCAGCUGGGAGAUACAGUCCUGAUGAUGGAUCCGGGACUGUGGCUACCUCACAUCCCAUCACGACUGGCACCCCCGAGGGAAACAGCUAUGGAGCUAUUGACUAUCUGGACAAUUUAGAAGGGCCCCUUAAGACUCUCAAACAAGUGAGCGAGCUGACAUCCCUCUCCCCUGCCUCUUCAACCACCACAAUCCGCAUGCUCAAUCCACACUGCUGCCCUGAGCCUGCGUGGGCAAAGAGCUGGCACACAGCCUGGGCAAACACAACACAAGAUACAGAAAAGCUUGACCUGCAAACUCUAUCUGCAGGGCAGUACUCAGAGGCCACUGCUAACACCAGGCAGAAUGCCGCAGCCUUUACUGAUGAGUCAAGCUCCAGUGGCGGCCGGCAGUUAUCAUCCCCGGAGCGUGGGCCCCCACAUGGUUCUGACACAGACAGCUCUGUGGAGGAGGAGAGCGAUUUUGACACCAUGCCCGAAAUUGAAAGUGAUAAGAAUGUCAUCCGCACUAAGAUGUUCCUCUAUCUGUCAGACUUGUCCAGAAAGGAUCGGCGAAUAGUCAGCAAAAAGUACAAAAUUUAUUUCUGGAACAUCAUCACAAUCGCCGUGUUCUAUGCACUGCCUGUGAUCCAGCUGGUCAUCACAUACCAAACAGUGGUGAACGUAACUGGUAACCAGGAUAUCUGCUACUAUAACUUCCUCUGUGCUCAUCCUCUGGGGGUCUUGAGCGCUUUCAACAACGUCCUGAGCAACGUGGGUCAUGUGUUGCUGGGCUGCCUCUUCCUGCUGAUCGUGUUGCGCAGAGACAUUCUCCACCGCCGUUCGCUGGAAGCCAAAGACCCCUACACGCUGGAAUAUGGAAUCCCCAAACACUUUGGUCUCUUCUAUGCCAUGGGCAUUGCUUUAAUGAUGGAAGGCGUUCUCAGUGCUUGUUACCAUGUCUGCCCCAACUACUCUAAUUUCCAGUUUGACACCUCCUUCAUGUACAUGAUUGCAGGACUCUGCAUGCUCAAGCUUUACCAGACCCGCCACCCUGACAUCAACGCCAGUGCUUACUCUGCUUACGCCUCCUUCGCCGUGGUCAUUUGCCUGGCUGUCGUCGGAGUGGUGUUUGGAAAGAACAAAGUGUGGUUUUGGGUCAUCUUCUCAGUCAUCCACAUCGUGGCCUCGCUGGCUCUCAGCACCCAGAUCUACUACAUGGGCCGCUUCAAAAUAGACUUUGGGAUUUUCCGCCGAGUUGUGAUGGUGCUGUACACGGACUGUUUCCAGCAGUGCAGCCGGCCAAUGUACAUGGACAGGAUGGUGCUGCUCAUUGUUGGAAACCUGGUCAACUGGUCCUUUGCUGUCUUUGGACUGGUGUAUCGGCCAAGGGACUUUGCCUCCUACAUGCUGGGGAUCUUUAUCUGUAACCUACUGCUGUAUCUGGCCUUUUACAUCAUCAUGAAGCUCCGCAGCUCUGAGAAGCUCCUGCCCAUUCCACUGUUCUGCAUCGUGGCUACAGCCGUGGUUUGGGCUGCAGCCCUUUACUUCUUCUUCCAGAACCUCAGCAGCUGGGAGGAGACCCCGGCGGAAUCCCGAGAGAAGAAUCGCCCGUGCAUCCUGCUGGGCUUCUUUGAUGACCAUGACGUCUGGCACUUCCUCUCAGCAGCCGCCUUGUUCUUCUCCUUCUUGGUUCUGUUAACGCUGGAUGAUGACCUGGAUUCCGUGCGCAGAGACAAGAUCCCUGUGUUCUGAGCAAUGGGAGCCGGGGUGGGGAUGGAGUUCUUCAUUCUGCUCGGUGGAAGGAGCAGAGCCGGCAGCCAGCAUUGUCUGGGGGGAAUGAACCUCCUGUUGUACAAACAGCACUGACAAACAACCCAGCCAGGCGGAGAGGGAGGAGCAGAUAGAUCCCACACCAGCAAAGAGGAGCUUUCUGUAAUUGAGGCAGACAGAGCCCUGCCUGUUCCUCCUCCCUGCCACUCACUGGAUCAGAUGUGGCCAUCCAGCAUCCUCGAGUCCGGUGCAAGGCAGAUGAGCAGUGCUUUGGCUGGAAGUCACGCAGGAGUGAGGGAGCUGUGGCCAUGUGCAUUAAGGGUAGUAUGUUCCUCCAGGGGUGACUUAAACUGUGUUCACCUUCUCCUGCAACCUCUGCCGCCCUGAGAAAAGCCACCCAGCAGUCCUGAGCUGCCCCAGGGAGCAGUCUCUUUCUCUCACUCACUGCCUGGCACCAACCCCAGCAGUGCAAUGGGACAUGACACAGCAAGCCCCUCGGAUGGGGAAGAGCAGCUGACACUAGCUCUUGACUCCUUUAUCUGCCUUUGUGUUGUGUUGCACGUUCUCUCCCAUGAGUAUGGUCGUCCGGGGCAAUGCAGGUCCCCGUCACGUUUGUAGCUGUUCUCUGCACCCCACGGGCCACUACCGUCAACGCUGCUCCUCUCUGCAUCUGACCACGUCCAUGGGCCCCUGCAGCCUGCACCGGGGAGGUGUUAGCUCUCACCUUGUGCCAGCCUGAGGAGCGCCUGCUGGGGCUACAGGUAGCAAACAGAGGCCAGGCUCAAAUCUCUAGCCCCAGCCUUAAGCUUGAGCUACUUCAUCCUGCAGCUGGAAGAACCUCAGGCCAGGGAAGAGCAAUGGGCCGAAUGAACUGUUCCACCUGAAAAAGCAACAACCCUGGGAGAUGAUGCUCCACUGCGGUGGGCUCCUAGUACCCACGUUCUGGCAGCCCCAGAUGCUGAUGUGUUCGCGCCUCCUUGGCCUCCCUCCCUGUGCUUUUUGGUGGAGGAAGAGUUCAUGGUUGGCUCUUGCCUGGAGACCAGUUCCCUAGUAGCUCCCCUCUUGCAUCUGAAAUGACAUCCUGUGACCCUAACACCGCUACUCUGCAUCAGAGCUCUCCCUUUGCUGGCCACUCCCGACGUGGGUGUUUAGAAAAGGGAGCUGUGGAAUUACAGCCUAGUGCAGUCAUGCAUCAGGGCCUUGUCCUGUUCGUACCGGUGGCACUUUUGCUAUUGACUUCAGUGAGAGCAGGCCCAUAGCAAAGAAGCUCCUUAUGAAUCUCAGUCUUUCAGGGCUUCUGAAUUUACAACCAAUCAUUUGCUCUGGACUGAAAGCUAGCAAAGACGGCUCCUACCACAGGAGAGAAAUGUCAGUUUAAUAAAAUUCUGAACCAAACAUUAUUUCCCCUCAGCCCUGCUGCAGCUACAACCUAGCUUCUGGAUUUUUGUUAACGGAUUUGCAUUUUUACUGUUGGUAGAAUUGCCACAUCAUUUAAAAACAAGAACAAGGUGUGAAAUGUUGCAGGUGGUGUGGCCGAAAGGUGACCUACGUUGCUAAUUUUGAAUUUUAAAAUAGUAUCAAUUACUGAGGCCUCCUGCAACUUUUUAAAAAAGUUGCUAUUGGAGUAUUGUUGAAUUGUCAAAAAGGGGAGUGUGUGUGGGGUGGGGGUGUUUAAUUCUAUGGUAACUAUUGCACAGAGGCCCUGGGCUGCUAGCAUUUACUUUGGGGAAAAAGUCUACGGUGAAGCUGUGAUCUGAAGUGUCCCGCUCCUAGAAGAUGUCAUAUUAAUUGGUUGAAAUUUAAGACCACAAAUAAAUGAGGGUUUUUUCUAAUUCCCAGCCCUCUACCUUCAAGCUGGGUUCUUCUUAUCUUGCGCAUUAGAACCGCUAAGAAAAGUUGUGCAGACCCAAUUCUGCCCUUACCUAUACCUGUACAAUCACACUGCUGGCAGUGGGCAUAAUUAAGAGUAGAAACUUGGGUUGAAGGUUUCUCACAUUGGGUACCCAAAAUCAGUGACCCCUUUUGAAAAGGUCGGUCUAAUGUUUUGGCUAAACUGGGGGAAAGAAACUGCAACCUCCUCAACUGUUCGCCCGUCAGUUUAUUUCACUGCUGGCAGAGGUGAACUUGUUGGACUGUGAAUAAUCCACAUCUGUUACAAAAUCUCCCAACAGCUCUCACCAUAUGUUCUUUGUUUAGAAUAAAUGACAGUCCAUGAUCUGCUGCCCAAUGGAACAAAGCUGCAGAGGCGGAGGAGACUAAUAUGAAUGAGGGAGAAACAGGUUCAGGAAGGUCCCUAAUAGGGUAUAUAUAUAUAUAUAUAUAUAGUUUUGGACAGUAAGAUCCUAUAUUACCUGUAGUAAGGGGGAGCUUUUACAUGUAUAAAGUUCAUGCGAACAGCCUUAGACGUAGCCCUAACUGUGGCCCUCUGGUGCUACCCUAAGCAGUAUCUGAACAUCCCUCUACUUUGACUUACUUAGUAAGGAACUCACCGACAGAAAUUGGUCCAAUAAAAGCUAUUACCUCCCCGUCCUUGUCCCUCUAAUAUCCUGGGUGCACCAUGGCUACAGCCACACAGCAGCCACCAGCUCAGUCAGAGGGGGACACCCCUCUGGGAGAGCAGGAAGCCAUGACAGAGCUGGGUGCAGGCGGACACGUGGUGGCCCUGCUCUCAAUUAGACCAGGCUAGUGAAUCCUUCUCCUAGUCUCGCUACACCAUCCAGGUGGACAGCCAGCCGCUGAGCGCGCACUGGCAGAGCUCAGGUCUUUCUGAGGACAGAGAGCAGCUUCCGUCGGAGGCUCACUUGGCUCAGGUCUCACUGAUCCAGCUCAGCUAGACAUAAGCCCUACACUGAGUGUAACUUCAAAACAAUUGCUAGGAUGAGGACGAUUAGGACUGUAAGUCCUUUUCCCCACUCCCAUCACCCUGCUUCCCCCCACUCCAGCUAACAUAGGGCUGUCAUCUCACCCUUGCAGUCAGAGCUUGUGCUUAGACAAUGGGCAACAAGGGCCUUGCUCUCAUGCAUGUAUAUAGUUAUAUUGUGGCUCUGGCACAACCACAUGGGGCCAAUUACAUUCCCUGCUGGGCACCAUGGUACCAGCCAGCUAGUGCCAACUUGGAGAAGGAGGCGAGUAGAUGUCAGCGCAACAGUUGGAGGGACUGACAUAGAAACAUUAAAAGUGCUACCCAUUCAGUUUGGCUAAAUGAUAAAUCAAGGGGCACAUGAGCCUACUGUGCAAAUGUGAAGAGUAUAACCACAAAGGAGGAAGAGGAGUUACAUAGCAGAGUGUGGGAGAGAGCUAGUUUGAAGCUAGCUUAAGCAGCACCUGCUCUGCUUGCUGGCUUUUGUGGCUCCCAUUCUUGGGCACCUAUAUUGGCCCCUGCAUUGUUGGCAAACCUGGGCACCUAACUUAGAGUGUGAAGUCCACUGGAUAGGAGGGUGCCUAGAUGUUAGGUGGUGUAAAUACUCAGCCUAAGUCUCCCUUGUCACUCUCAUCCUAGGUAAUCUACCCAAUAGGUGUUUCCCACCUGUCAACCCUUUUGGCAUCCUCCCCUCUUUUAAACUAUCUGCAGUCCUUUAUUUUCUCUGUUGAAUUUACACGUAGACUUAAAAUACAAACAGAAAGCAGUUGAGAGAAGCUACUUCCUAGUGGUUGCAGCGGGUACUUUAUUUCCCCUACUUCUUACUGGGCUUCUGUUCUUUUUCGUUUCUAAUCUGUUUGGAGUUUGUGCAUUUGUGAAACAGUAAGAUGUGAACAGGCAUUGCACUUAGGCAUUGCACGAUAGACCCUCAGUCAAGGAGUGGUAGGGUGGACUGAUGUGAGCCAGCUGAGAAGUGCAAUGAACUCUAUAGGAUACAGGCUGGAUUUAGUACAGUUCAGAAAUGAAACUUACAUUAUCCAUAUGUAGAAAAAGCAAUCAGAUCAUCCAGGAGAACUCAGAGAAAAGGCUAUGCACAACCACCAAUGGAACAGGGGGAGAGACUACAGCCAUCUGAAGCCAGUUACCAGCAAGAGAGAAGAGUUUAUGUAACUAGAAGGGGAUGCAAUAUUCAAAGAAAACUUAAUUAUCAAGGCUGAAUACUAAGGAAACUUCCUGAGAGUGAGAGAUACAAAGGAGAGGAAGGGAACAGUCUUCCAGGGGAAGAGGGAAGCCCCAUUGCUUGGGACAUUUAAAACUAGACUAAGCAAAGCAUAAGCAUACACAUCAUAGGAAACAAUCCCGCCCUGGCCCGAAGGGUGGGAAAUAAACAAGGAGAUCCACUGAUCUUUCCCAUCUCUGAUUUGUACGAUUUAAUGCGGAUUUUGUGGGCAGGAUUCUACAGUCAGAAUGGCAAGCUCUCUUUGCUGCCAACAUUCCAAUCCAGCUCACCUAAAUUUAGGAACCAAAUGUCAAUCAAAUAUACUUUAUCUCCAAUCAACUGAGGUCCUUUGUGUGCAAGGUGCUUGUAGCAGGCAGAUUUUCUCCACAACUUCAGCAGCUGUGUUUGCAGCAGUAGCAAGCGAAAGCUGCUCCAUCUCAUUGCACACUAUUGCUGGAGGGCCUUGAAACCUCAGUCACAAAGGAAGGACUACUGCUACUAACAGAAACCAAACAGAAAUGGAAGAGCAGAUGAGAAAUGUAGUGCCUCAUUCUGGUGCUUUUGCACUGGAGAACAGUUGAGAAAAUCCAUGGGUUUGCUACAAGUGAGUCUAUGCAGCUGAAGUGGGGUUUUUUUACCCACAAAAGCUUAUGCCAAAAUAAAUCUGAUAGUCUUUAAGGUGCCACUGGACUCCUUGUUUUUACAAGUGAGAGUGUCCCUAAAAAAAAAUCACCUCUGGAAUUUCCUGAGCUUCAAAUGUUUAAUUUUUUUAAAAAGUAUUAAGAAAAAUUAAUUUACAACUUUGUUUUUUCUAGAAACUUGAUAUAUUCUAAACAUCGUCCAAAAAGAACACAGUACACAAACAGUAAUUUUCAAUUUUUUUAAUAAAAUACUAUAAUGUUCAUAUCUAUACAAAUAAUUAUUACAACCAUUAAACAAAGUGUUACAUUUAACAAUAAAAAUCUCAGAACUUUGAACAAGAUCAUGGUUUGGGAUAUUUACACCUGAAAGCAACACAUUUGUAAAAAGAUGUCAAAAUAAACAGAACAAGAUCUUAUUUACAAUU